CUAUGUACGUGAAACAGUCAACUGGUAGGCAGAAUCGACACACGUGUAUUCGCAAUUGACUAUUCGUGAAUUCGUUCACCGGAAAGUUCAUCCUGUGAAAUUCGGGAACAUUGGUCAUACCAAAUUCCUUUGGUCUUAUUGGCUCCCAUAGCAAUUCAGCGAACUCCUGUUCUCACGUGUCGGCGCGUAGCCCUCAGCACAGACCAUCUUGAACAACGUCAACAGCCACGCCCAUUCACAACGAACAUCAAAUCAACAGACUCCGAAUGAACAGUAUAACCAACCGCGACUGACAUACCAGUCCGCAACACUCUACACAUUACGCCAAUUUACUCUUAACCACACAAAUCUCCAUCAUCGGAACCAAGUCCAGUACACAAAUCGCGACUCCACGAAGAUAAACAAUAACAGGCUGGCCAUCUUUUCUACAUAACAUCAACACCGAUCGACAAUUUCUUCCAAACCCUUCAGCUAGGAUUAAACAAGGAGAGAAGGCAAAAUCAUCUCCCAAAGACGAGCACGACGACAACAAUAAACAACACCCAUUACAGCAUGGCGAAAUCACUCUACCCCCGGCCCACCAUCAAGAAGAUUGUCAAAGCGCAGAGCAAUCGCGCCAUCAGCAAGGAUGUGGAUAUUCUGGUCUUUCUAAGCUACACGCUCUUCAUGCGCUCGCUCAUUACUGAAGCGAAGAUUGCGUCUAAGAAGGCUGGGGAGACGGGGAAAGAUGCGUUGUCUGCGCGGAGUGUUAGGAAGGUUAGGGAGGGUGUGUUGAGGAAGUAUAAGGGUUGAGAGAUUUGCGUUCUCCAGCCUUGUCUUCCUUGUCUGUGUGUGUAUCUCGGCGUGUACUUUCUUUUAGGCGUUUUGGGUUGGGUGUAUUGAUUAUGAAGGUUCUGUGAUACCCAGUAUGGAGCUUUCUUUGUGGGAUACUUUGGAUCUCGAUACCUAUGAGCUUUUUGAUGGAUCGAGGAUGGGGUUUUGGUGCGUGCCUGUGAGGUAUAUAUGUAUGUCGCAAUCAAUGGACCAUGCAAAGGCAUUUC